AUGGCUUGUGAACCUGAUCCUCGUAACGUUUGCUCUUCUAGCUGCUGCGGUAGCCAGCCCAAGGAGAUCAAGCCCGAGAAAGCACUCGAUAAGCCCAGUUGCUGCAAAGAUAAGCCAUCUCCCUGCUGUGAUGCCUCUUGCCUUGAUCGCAUCGCUCUUCGAGAAUGCGGUAAAGGACAGGUCAAUGCAUCUCCAAAACUCAUGGGCUCCGGUUGCCAAGGUCCCCAUGGGAAACCAUGCGACCAACACCGUCGUUCUGUGCACGCCAAAUAUGCGGCCAGCCUCGAAGCUCUGGGUUGUAUUUGCCGCGCUUUGAUAACCCUUGGGCAAGAAUCCUGUUGUGCACCGCUGAGAGGAUCUUCGGUUGGUAAUGAGCGUCGCUCGACGGAGUCUUUCCGGAGUAUUCUGCGUUCUUCUCUUGACUCUUCCUGCGAAAGGGGUAUUAUCAAUACGCGGUUAGAUAAAUGCUGUAGCCCAAGCCCGAAGGGAAAAGGACAGGCAUGCCGGGGCACUGAAAGGGGGAAGGCUGUCAACUCUAGGAGCUGUUGCAGUACACCUGAGACGUCCGCAGUCGUUGAGCUGCAAACUUCUGCUACGAAGGGUGCGUGCAGCGGCACUACGAACUGCUGUGGUAAACCAAAGAUCAAUGAGUCUUCAACUACCGAGCAAUUUUCGUCUUCUGAAAAAGAAAAUUGUGGCGGCGGCUGCUGUCCCAGUAAACCUCCUCUUUCUGCAUGUGCCGUCGCCAAGGACAUGUCUAAUGGCCUCACGGAGGUCAUUCCGGGCACCGCUAUCCCUGACCUCGAAAAGGGCAUUGCGAUCAAGGAACAUGUCAUUUUGAGCAUAUCUGGAAUGACCUGCACCGGAUGCGAAACCAAGCUUAAGCGUACUUUGGGCACACUGCAGUCAGUCCAGAACCUCAAAACCAGCUUGGUGCUCUCGCGGGCAGAAUUCGACCUCAACAUCGGCAUUCACUCAUUUGAUGAAGUGUUUAGGCACUUGGAGAAGACUACCGAGUUCAAGUAUGCAAGGUUCACGGACCAGGCUUCGGGCGUGGAUAUUGUCGUCCCUAAUGCCUCCGAGUUCAUGAAGCAAGAAUGGCCUCAUGGCGUGACUGAGAUGACUCUUUUGGAUGAGCAAACCGUGAAUGUAGCUUUUGAUGCAAAGAUCAUCGGGGCAAGAGAUCUGCUGGAGCACGGCUGGGGUAGACCCCUUCGUCUGGCUGCUCCUCGGGCUGAUCCUGCUCUUGUGGCUGGAAACAAGCAUGUGCGCCACAUGGGAUACAUGACUAUUAUGUCCAUUGUAAUGACAGUACCAGUCUUAGUCCUUGCUUGGGCUCCUCUUCCGGAGAGGGCAAUUGCGUAUGGCUCUGCGUCUUUGGCAUUGGCAACGAUUAUCCAGGUCGUCAUUGCAGGCCCGUUCUACCCGAAGGCAUUAAAAGCGUUGGUUUUCUCCAGGAUCGUUGAGAUGGACCUGCUCAUUGUUCUGAGUACGAGCGCUGCCUACAUUUUUUCUGUAGUCUCCUUUGGAUACCUUGUUGCGGGCCGUCCACUAGCCACUGGUGAAUUUUUCGAGACUAGCACUUUGCUCGUCACUUUGAUCAUGGUUGGUCGCUAUGUUGCUGCACUCGCUCGUCAGAAAGCCGUCGAAUCCAUUUCGCUCCGGUCACUACAGACGCCUACUGCAAUUCUAGUGGAUGAAUCUGGGGCCAAUGAAAAUGAGAUCGAUGUCCGACUCCUUCAGUAUGGAGACAUCUUCAAGGUUAUUCCAGACUCCAAGAUCCCAACCGAUGGGACUGUUAUCAGAGGAGCAUCUGAGGUUGACGAGUCAAUGAUUACCGGAGAGUCAAUUCCAGUAGUCAAGUCCUCUAAAUCCGCCGUCGUUGCAGGAUCUGUAAAUGUUUCUGGGACGCUGAUUGUCAAACUAGCCUGUCUUCCUGGUGAUAAUACGAUCUCUGUCGUUGCAAGGUUGGUCGAUCAAGCAAAACUAUCCAAGCCGAAGAUGCAAAAUAUGGCGGACCGAGUGGCGAGCUACUUUGUACCUGUUGUAGUCGCUCUGGCUAUCAUCACGUUUGUGAUCUGGAUUGCUGUCGGGACUGUGGUGCGAAACCAGUCUGGAUCUCGAGCUACUAUAGAGGCAAUAACAUAUGCUAUCACUGUGCUUAUUGUCUCUUGCCCAUGUGCUAUCGGCCUGGCAGUACCCAUGGUAAUCGUCAUAGCCAGUGGUGUUGCUGCCGAGCGAGGCAUUAUCUUCAAGUCCGCCGACAGCAUCGAGGUGGCAUACAAGACUUCCCAUGUUGUUUUCGACAAGACCGGAACUCUGACCCAAGGCAAACUCACGGUUGCAGCUGAGCAUAUAGCUAAAAACACGGAGGAUUCCAUGUCCCUACUCAUCGGUCUAAUUGGGAGUAACAAACACCCAAUUUCCGCCGCCGUGGCCGCACAUCUCAAAGCCAGAGGCAUAUCAGCGUCUGCUGUCACUGGUACAAAGGUUCUGACGGGCAAAGGCGUAGAAGGCUCUGCACCAGGCCUCAUCCUCCGCGCAGGAAACUCCCGGUGGCUCAACCUCUCGUCCAAUGUACAAGUCCAAACCGUCCUUGAACGAGGCUACACUGCAUUCUGCUUCACAAUCAACGACGCCCUUGUGGCCGUCUUUGGCUUAGAAGACUCGCUCCGCCCCGACGCCCUUGAAACCGUGACCAAGCUCCAGGAACGCGAUGUAUCCGUUCACCUCCUCUCAGGCGACGACGACGGUCCCGUUCACUCCAUUGCAAGAGACCUCGGCAUUGCAACUGAGAAUAUCCGCUCUCGCUGCACACCAGCCGACAAGCAAUCUUACAUCCAAACCCUUGUCACCCCGCCUCAUCAAUCAGCACACCUGAAGAAGAAGAAACCAACAACCAUCUUCAUCGGCGACGGCACAAAUGACGCUAUCGCGCUCGCCACCUCCACAGUCGGCGUACACAUGAACCAAGAAACCGGCAGCGACGUUGCCAAAUCCGCUGCGGAUGUCGUGCUCAUGCGUCCCAACCUUAUUAGUAUCCUGACGAUGAUCGACAUCAGCGAGAAAGCGGUACAGAGAAUCAAGUUCAAUUUUGGGUGGAGCUUUGUGUAUAACUUGUUCGCAAUCUUGCUUGGUGCGGGGGCAUUUGUGGAUGCUAGGAUUCCCCCACAGUUUGCAGGCUUGGGUGAGUUGGUUAGUGUUCUGCCUGUAGUUGCUGCGGCGGUGCUUCUGAGAUGGGCAAAGGUUUAG